AUGGAGGACCAUCCUCACCCCCUCACUGUGGAGGCUCGCUGGCCCUCAACCUCCAACAAGACCCUCACAGCCAAACUCCAGAUUUACUUUCAGAGUAAGAAGAAGUCUCAGGGUGGGGACUGCGUGGUGAGGUUCCCCGAGGAGAGCAGCGCAGCUACUGUUCUCUUCAGAUCUGCUGAAACCCGAGACCAAGUUCUGGCCAAAAGAGAUCACUCCAUAUCUAUUGAGAAUCAGCUGGUGAAACUGAAGGUAUUCAAACCUGGUGAUGAAGAGAGACAGACAGAAGAGCCCAGUGGAGCAGCUGAAACAGAAAGCGAUGUGGCAGCUGAUGUCCUGCAACCAGUUCCGACUGGGCAGAGGACCUUAAGUGUGAGAGUGGACAAUAUACCUGCUGAUGCUGUCACUGAUGAGGACCUUCUGAACUUGUACUUUGAGAACUGUGGUGGACGUGUAGAGACAAUCAGAACAAUUCCAGAGGAGCAAGCUGCUAUUAUCACCUUUCGGUCACCGGAUGCUGUACAGAGAAUUCUGGACAGAACUGAUCACAGUCUAUGCAGGCUGCCAGUCAGUGUACAACUAUAUGUUGAACCUGAUGAGAGUCAGAGGGACCCACCUGAAGAAUGUCCCAAGUCCAGUGCUGUGGUCCUGGAGAAUGUGCCACAGACAUUUUCCAGAGAAGCUCUUGUGCUUUUAGUGGAGAACGUCAGUGGUCUUUCUGAAAAAGAGUUUUCCCUGGAGUCCAUAAGGGAAUUAAAGAGUGCUGUUGUGACCUUUAAUGACCCUAAUGUUUCUGAGAAGUUCCUCAUGGAGAGCAGGAGUAAUACAGUAUUCCAGCAGCGUUGUCUAUUGAGUCGGGCUUUGGAAAAAAGUAGAAGUGUUAAAGUGGAAAACGUGCCUGGUGAGGCCAAUAAAGACCUGCUACAACUUUACUUUGAAAGGUGGGGGGGACAAGUGGAGGACAUCAUCACAAGUCCUGAAGAGCAAACUGCCAUUGUCACCUUUCACAGUCAAGAAGCCAUGCAAAAUAUUCUGGGGAAAGAACACUGUAUUAGUGAUACUGCAGUCAAUGUCUACCCAUAUUGCAUGUCUUUGGGUACCGCCUUAUAUGGCAAAGACAGACCAACAUGGAUGCUGCCCAAACCUUUCACAGAGAAGAUCCAUCCUGCUAUCAGAGAAUUCCUAAAUAACAAGGGGCUAAUAUCUUCCAUCUGUCAAGAGAUGGACUCAUUGUUCUGCCAGGUGAACAUGGACAAAGCUGAAGUCCAGCUCAGUCCUCUUCCCACGCUGCUGAAACAGAAGGGUAUAACCAAGAAGCACAUAGACGACUGGAGGCAAAACGCCACAGAUGGCUUUAAAAAUAUAAUCUCUAAGUAUGCUGUUUUCGACCAUCCAGUGAUCCCCUCUGUUUGGUCUGCAGUAGAGAAAGACAUUCGGUCAGCUGUGGAAGACAAAGCUGUCAUGAGGUUGGAUGACAGUGUUCUGACAGUGGCAGGAGUCGCUGAGGACAUUAAUCUGCUGAAGCCAAUUGUGGAAGAUAUUUUCCAGAGAGCAUUAAAUCAAUUGGAAAGAGACCAGAACAGUGUCUCAGACAGCAUUGAGAUGCCCCCUGCCAUGUUCUCAUUUCUUCUGCAGGAAGGACUUCAACAUAAUGCUGCAGCUAAAUACCCAGAGCUGAAGCUCACAUACAAAAAAGACACCAACCAGUUAACAUUGCAUGGCCUUCCUGUGGAAGUUGUUGACAUCAAAAAUUGGAUCCUUGAGAGGAGAAUGAAUAUGAGACAGAAGAUUCUGAACAUGGACCCUUCAUUACAGGAGUUCCUGAGAUCAGUGGACUGUGAGGAGAUGUCAGAAAACCAGUUCAUAUCCAAGGGAAUCAGUGCAGUCUACAGCAUUGAAAAUGAGGAUGUUGUGUUGACUGGAAGCACAGACAGAGCACUGACUGAGGCAGAGGAAACUCUUAAAACAGAGCUUACAUUCCACACCCUCCCUUUAGAGGACUCAAAUGUGCUUGAAAAGCCAGAAUGGCGCUCUCUCAACGACCAACUGUGUGAAACAUACAACUCUAUGAAAAAAACUGUCAUGAUAAAACCCUCAAAACAAGGACUUGAGGUUUCUGGCUUUAAGGGCCCCGUCUCAGAAGUCUUCAAGAGCCUGGAGAAAUUUAUUGAUAUGCACUCAAGAAUUGAAGAAGUCCUUCGUGUCAAGUCUUAUGCUGUGGUGAAGUUCAUAAAUGAGAAAAAGUCCCCAGUUUGGCAGAAACUUGUAAAGCCUGAUGAGGUGACAGUUCAUUUUGACCCCAAACGACCCUUGAUCCGACUGUCUGGAGAGCGUGUGCAUGUCCAGCCAGCUGUGCAGUUAUUUGAGAAAAUUGCAGAAACGCUCCACACAGAUAGGCUGACGAUUAAAAAGGCAGGUGCUAAAAAGUACUUCCGAGAGCAGGGAAGCAUGUUCUUGGUGAUGAUGAGGGAACAUAGAUUUGUGGUCAUUCUUGAGGAUGAUCCCAUGCUGAAUGAGGACACAGAGAAUGAUGAUAAUGCUAAAAUGGAAGAUUUAGGACAGUCAUUCUCUGAGGUCCAGGUGCCUGGUCAGGUCAGUGAGUUUAAAGUAGGUGCUGUUGUCAGUGGUCAAGGUGCUCGUGGACAUGGACAUCAAGAUGUUGCACCAAGGGUUAAGGAGUCACAGAUUUACAGAGCAAAUGAAACUGUGAAGUUUGAAGGAGUGACAAAGAGACAAAACUUAAAGCCACUGUCCGGGACACAAACUGAUGUACUGGACAGUCCAGGGUUCCUUGAAACUCAAUCCACACAAGAGGGACUCAGAAUCAUUCUGAAGAAAGGCAAUAUCCAGGAUGCACAGUCUGAUGUGAUUGUCAACACCAUCUCAAGAGACGUGGACCUCAGCAAAGGUGCUGUCUCCAAAGCACUCCUACAGGCUGCUGGUCCUCAAAUGCAGGCAGAAGCUAGUUCUGUAAAUGGAUCUUCUAAUCUAGGUUAUGGGAACAUAGUGAUCACUGGUGGCUACAAUUUAAGUUGUCAAAAGGUCUUCCAUACAGUUUGUCCAUUUUGGAACGGAGGAGCUGAUUCAGAAGCUGAGACACUGAAACAAAUCUUUAGCAACUGCCUUAAAAAAGCAGAACACCAGAAAAUGGCUUCAAUUUCCUUCCCGGCCAUUGGAACCGGGAACCUUGGCUUUCCUAAAGACUUGGUGUCCGGCAUUCUGCUGAGAGAGAUUCAUGACUUUAGUGCAAAAGUCAGGCCUCAAUACCUUAAAGAAGUGACUGUGGUUGUGCACCCUUCAGACAACGAGACUGUACAGAGUUUCAUAAAGAGCUUCAGAAGUCAGAGGCCAGGUCCAAUCACAAAGGGGGCACAUGCCAUUCAACAACAAUCACCUGAACAAAUGUCAUCUGUUGCCAGAUCCUCGCAUCCUCCAGGACUCUUUGGAGUGGUUUCCACUCCGACUCUCGGAGUGCACACAGUGCAGGUGGGACAUGUGACCCUGGAGGUGUCAUCAGGUGACAUCACCAAAGAGAAAAGUGACGCCAUUGUUAACUCCUCCAAUAAAUCGUUCUCUUUGAAAUCAGGAGUCUCCAAGGCAAUUUUAGAUGCAGCUGGAUUAGCAGUGGAACAGGAAUGUGCAGAGAUUGUAGGUGCAUCACAACAGAAGGAAAUGAUUGUGACAUCUGGAGGUCAGCUCCCAUGCAGACACAUAAUUCACGUCAAAGGCCAAAAAAGUUCUGCAGCCAUCAAGGAUGCUGUUCACUCUGUUUUAAACUUGUGUGAGGCUCAGAAAUUCUCCUCUGUUGCCUUUCCGGCUCUUGGCACAGGUCAAGGUGGUGCAAGUCCUUCUGCUGUUGCUGAUGCCAUGAUUGAUGCCGUGAUCGACUUUGUGAAAAAGAAGAAAAAAGGGAAUUUACGAAGUGUGAAGUUCCUGUUAUUCCAGACAUCAAUGGCGUCAGAUUUCCACCAGAGCAUGCUGAAGAGGCAGCAGGAGGGCGUGGAGGAAGACACCACUGUGUUUGGCUGGUUUAAAGGAAAAAUUGGCUCUAUGACCAACUUCUUUCGGGGCAACAGUCCAGAAGUCCCUUCGAAUGAGGACUUUGUGAUGGCGAGUGAGGAGUUUGAGCCGGCGGUCUUUCAGCUGUGUGCAGAGACCCAGCAGGACCUGAACGAAGCCCGAGAACUGAUCAACAGCUUCAUCGUGAGAGAGCACACGAGUUCACCCAUCCGGGACUCUGCCAUCAACCAUUUCACCAGAGAGGACGCAGAGAUGCUGACCAACCUGCAGAGGGAGCUCACGAUCAGCAUCCAGCUUGAUAAGAAUGGUCCGGAGCCAGUCAUCACUGUGGAGGGCCUGACCCGAGAUGUGGUCAAGGCAGAGAGCAUCAUCCGGGACAGGAUCCGCAAAGUGGAGAAGAAUGAGGCCCGAAAACGUGAAGCCUUCAUGAUCAGCAGUUUUAUAGAGUGGCAGUAUGUGGACAGUGCAGACAAGCUCAAACCUUUUGAUAUUUACACAAACUUUGACCUGGAGGAGGCCUAUCUAAAAAAACAACCUUGCAUAAAGAUCCAGAUUGAAAACGAGCAGUAUGACGUUGAUUUAACCCAAAGAAUGGCUAUUGGGAGAAAUGGAGAGAUUAAAUUGAAAAGAGUUGACUGGAGAGAUCAAUCCACUGUGCCUUUGCCCAGUUACUGGGAAGACAUGAAGGAAGACUUUGUAAAGAGGAUCCUAAUUCAACAAGGCACCCAGGAAUACACAGAUGUAGAGAAUGAGUUCAGAAGAAGUGGACUGAAGAAUACAAUUCUUAAUAUCGAGAGAGUCCAGAACAGCACUCUAUGGAGGAGCUACACAAUCCAGAAGAAACACAUGGAUGACAAGAACAAGCACAGCAACAAUGAGAAGAGGCUGUUCCAUGGCACCAAAUUUGAAAACAUAGAAAACAUUAACCAACGAGGCUUCAAUCGGAGCUAUGCUGGCAUGAACGGUGCCAUGUAUGGAAAUGGUGCGUAUUUUGCUGUUGACCCAAGUUACUCAGCCCAAGGAUACUCCACGCCAGACAAACAAGGUCAUAAGCGCAUGUAUCUGGCCAGAGUGCUGGUUGGUGACUACACUACAGGGAAACAUGGCCUUCUUUCACCUCCAGCCAAGAGCUCUGGAUCCACAGAUUUAUAUGACAGCGUCACUGAUAAUGCACAAAAGCCGACUAUGUUUGUGAUCUUUCAUGAUGCGCAGGCAUAUCCAGAAUACCUGAUCACCUUUCAGUAGGAGUAGGAAAUGAUU